UUGAACGUCCACACCUCCCGCAAAACUUCGUCAACAGAGUUUGUCAGGCACAUCCGCAUCAUGCAUUACAUCCGCCUUAUGAGGCCACCGAGCCUCGAUAAGGAACAGAAGCUGAAGCUGGUCCUCACGAUAACGACAGACCUGGGCGACUCAUUCCUCUGUCCAGACGAGCCGGUGCCCAUUUCGGUAUACCUCACAAGGAAUCCCCUUGAGAACAGCGAUGAGACCCCAGCGAUUUGUCUCACCCCUAGGAAAGCUGGAAAGAGCGGAACCUCCUGGAAGAGCGGCAUGAGGGUUCUGAAGCUGGAUCUACCAGUACCUGACAAGAUUUUCAAGAGGAGCAAGAAAACGUUGCCCCCGAAGGGGAAGAUGCCCAGCAUUUGCAUUGUCGCUUCAGAUGACAUUGUGGAUCUCCCUACGGCUGCGGAUAUCCCAUUUGAUUCCAAGGGCCGCAUUGUAACCCUGGAGUCUGAGUUUCCAUGGCGUUCAGAAGACACACAGCAGACAUUUGAGUCUCUGAGGAGAUUCGCCCUUACCGAGGGUGACUUUCUGCGAAUAGAUGAAAGAAUCGGCGAGAGCAUUGACCGGCAUGUUUGGGAUGCAGGCGUAGUCACAAUGGGCCUGCUCUUGAAUAUGUGCCAGGACGGGACAUCCAAGCACAAGUGGGACAGAACACCACUGCUUAGAGAGCUCUUACGCUCGGUAACACCUACGCACCCUCUCAACGUCAUUGAGCUGGGUUGUGGUGUUGGAAUCCUGGGCGUUGGACUUGCGGCUGCCCUGCAUCAGCGAGUCUCCUCUUCAUGGGACUCUGAAGAUUCAGCACAAGUCCCAAGCAGGGUUCUUCUGACCGAUCUGCCCGAUGCCGAGGAAGUGGCAGUGCGAAACAUCGCCGACGAGAAGCUGGCGAGGAAGCCUGUCCUCUCAGGGAAGCCUAGUGUAGACACAGAUUUCGAGAGCCUAGACUGGGACGAGGGCAAGACUGGUGUAUUUGGCCCCAAGGCCACGGCAUCGAGUUGGGACCUCAUCAUCAUCAGCGACUGCACAUACAAUGUAGACAUGCUGUCUGCCUUGGUCAAGACGAUUUCUGAGCUGCACAAGCUUUCCGUGGACAAGGACGGGAAGAGCUCCAGGGUCAUGCUGGCAACCAAGCCAAGACACUCGUCCGAGAAGGCGCUGUUUGGCCUGAUGGACGAGGACGGCUGGAAGAUACUGGAGAGUGCCAGCCAGCCGCUGCCUGUGCUCGGAAUGGAGGAUGAGGUCGUCGAGAUUUACUUGUUUGGCAAGGAUUCUGGGCAGCCGCUUGACGAGGGACAAUCUACGACGUCUGCACCUAAGCGCAGGAAACUGCGUUGA